AUGAUUGACAGCACGGUGAAUAACAUGCACAAACGGGCCCAAGCUCGCAAUCUUUUGGCCUCUACAAUGGUGCCCGGAAUGCGAGAUAACUUUUUCGUUGAAUGCAAACAACUUGAUCAGGCUUUGGCUUGCGAAGAAUACUUAACACAUUUACUCAUGGGUAAACUAAACUCAAUUUGUAAUAUUUUGCUCGAUAAAUCGAAUCUUAUGCCACACAACAAACUGCGAAUACAUGUUUUCAAUCAGUUUCAACAUUUAAACCAAAAAAUUAGCAAUACUGAUCGCUCACACUAUGUGUACCAACCGCCCCCAACAGUAACUCUUCACAUAAACAUUUAUCUAAUAGAUUCUUCCCUCAUACAACAGCCAAUUAAACGAGCAAUUGGGUCCCUAUUUCGUACCAUACUCAUAAGAAAUGAUAAGUUCACCUCGCUUUGGAUGAAUCCAAGGGGCGUGAGUUCGUGCAAACCAUUUCACAAAAGAAUAGACCCCUCCUCAUCUCCUUUCAUACCCAAUUCCAAUUGCACAUUCUAUGAAAUGAAAAACGAUACGAUUGGGGUUGAAUUAUGCUUAAUUUAUGAAUGUGAUACCGAUAUUGAAAUUACUUUGUUUCCCCAAGACAGGACUCCAAUUGUUAAAUAUCAUAAAGGGCUCUUAGAAUUCUUUGCUAAUUUGGGCGUGGAUAUCAGCUGUAAAGGUAUACCAGAAGUUGCAGGACUUAUAACUGAUUAUGCACUAAAAAAUAAUUUGAUGAAUAUCACAGAUCAGACAAUCAAGUUGAACGAACCACUUUCACGUGUAUUUUCUAGUGACAUCAAACUGAAACAAUUGCCUCAGACACUAAAAAAUUUUACUACAUCCGUGGCAAAAACACCAAUCAUAAUAGAGCAUCGCAUCAAAGCCUCUGGAACGGUGGCACAAAACGAAUCCUAUUUCGAUCUAGACUUGGAUUAUGCGGGCCAGACGUUGGUCUUCCCCUGGAAACCCAUUAACGUAUCGGCUGCGCUCAGCUCCCUAGGCACAAAAUUCUCCGAGACUUUAUCGAAAUUAGAUGCCAAAGAGUGCGAACUUAGUUCUAAACAGUUUACCCUGAUCACCACACUUCGUGACAAAAUCCAUUCGCUACAUUUAUAUCGCACUUUUGUGAAUUCGCAGGAGGAAUUUUUUAUAAACCUAAUGGGCAAAAAUCAGUUGGAUCCAAGCAAGCCUCUAAAAUCUGAUAAGGAGAUUGGGUACAAGAGCUUCUCACCCACCAGCCCAAGUACUUUUCAUAAGCCCUGGGUUUAUCGAGCGGUACACGAAUAUCUGGUUAAUCGGAACAAGCCCCUAUCCUACCUUAUUGAACGGGCGUUAAUGAGUUCGGGCGUGCUCAGUAAAUUGCAAAAUUCAAAAAAAUAG